CGAUAGAAAGAAAAUGGCUGCUUCUGCCGCCGGAGAUGAUGAGAGUAAGCAACCAAAUGCUGAGAUGAAGAUGAAGGAAAAGAAGCUUGGAGGUGUCAGAACAAUGCCAUUUAUUUUUGCAAAUGAAAUAUGCGACAGAUUUGCGAGCACAGGAUUUCAUGCCAACAUGAUAACGUAUCUGACACAACAGCUUAAUUUGCCGCUUGUGAAGGCCUCAAACAUCCUCACCAACUUCGGCGGAACUGCCAACUUCAUGCCACUCAUUGGUGCUCUCAUCGCCGACUCCUUUGCUGGCCGAUUUUGGACCAUCACCGUCAGUUCCAUUAUAUAUGAACUGGGGUUAUUGAGCAUAACCAUAUCUGCCCUACUACCUUCACUCCGUCCACCACCAUGUCCAACCCAAACAAACUGCAUAGAAGCCUCAACCACACAGCUAUGGAUCCUCUACCUCUCCCUCCUCCUCACCUCCAUCGGCUCCGGCGGCAUCCGUCCCUGCGUGGUUACCUUCGCAGCCGACCAGUUCGACAUGAGCCGCUCCGGUGUGGCUAAGCGCGGCUGGAACUUCUUCAACCUCUACUACUUCAGCAUGGGGUUGGCCUCCCUCACCGCCCUCACCGUCGUCGUUUACGUCCAGGACAACGUCGGAUGGGGCCGGGGCCCCGGCCAUCCGACCAUCGCCAUGGCCCUGUCGAUUAUCGCCUUCCUCAUUGGCUCUCCGCUUUAUAAGAAGAUGAAACCCGGAGGGAGUCCUUUGGUCAGAUUGGCUCAGGUGGUGGUUGCUGCCGUCAGGAAGCGGAAGGAGGAGAGGCCGGCGGAUCCUAAGGUUUUGUAUGAGAAUAAAGAGCUUGAUGCUGGGAUUUGUGUUCAUGGGAAGCUUCUACAUUCAGAUCAAUUCAAGUGCUUAGACAAAGCGGCUAUAGUAACUCUUAAGGACGAAAAGAACUCAAGUACUGCAGCUCAACAAAACCUAUGGAGAUUAUGCACAGUGCAUAGAGUUGAGGAGCUGAAAUGCAUAAUCAGAAUGCUUCCCAUAUGGGCAUCAGGAAUCCUGCUUGUGACUUCCCAUUCCCACCAGCACAGCUUCGUCAUCCAGCAAGCCCGCACCAUGAACCGCCACCUCUCCCCGUCCUCCUCCUUUGAAAUCCCCCCCGCAAGCCUCUCCAUCUUCGGCACCCUCACCAUCCUUGCUGGCCUCGUCCUCUAUGAGCGCCUCUUCGUCCCCCUCACCCGCCGCUUCACCAAAAACUCUGCUGGCAUCACCUGCCUCCAGCGGAUGGGAGUAGGCUUCGCCAUUAACAUCCUCGCCACCAUUGUCUCCGCCUUCAUCGAGAUGAAGAGGAAAGCAGCGGCUGCACGGCACGGCAUGCUGGAUGAUCCAAAGGCAAUCAUCCCCAUAAGUGUUUUCUGGUUGGUUCCACAGUUUUGCCUUCAUGGAAUGGCUGAGGUCUUCAUGUCAGUGGGACAUCUUGAGUUUCUCUACGAUCAGUCGCCGGAGAGCAUGAGAAGUACCGCGGCUGCUCUAUUUUGGAUUGCGAUUUCGAUUGGAAAUUAUAUCGGAACAUUGCUUGUGACUUUGGUUCAUAACUACACUGGUGAUGGUGAGAAUAAUUGGUUGCCUGAUAGAAAUCUUAAGAGGGGAAAAUUGGAGAAUUAUUACUUGCUUGUUAGCGGGAUUCAAGUUGUUAAUCUAGUGUACUAUGUGAUAUGCGCUUGGUUCUAUUCUUAUAAGCCAUUGGAGGAGCUUAGUGAAGCAUGGAAAGAAGAAGAUAUAGAAAUACCACUUGAGAAAGGAAGUAGAGCUAUUAAUUGAGUAACGGAAAAGCUUAUAAGUAGAAGUUUCAAUGAAUAAGUUUAGUGUAGUGCAAGUGUACCGUAUAUAAGUACACAUUAAUUGUAGAUUGGAAAUUAAUUUAGAUGCCUCUUGAA